AUGGAGGUGUCGAUUGAUUGGUCUUCUCUUUUACCCGAUCUGUUGUCAGAGAUCGCCAUUCGCAUACAUUGCGCGGAUGAUUUCAUGGCUUUCCGAGGGGUUUGUACUUCUUGGCGAGCCGUGGCCACUAAAGACAAGUUCGUCCCGGUGACGACGCGCUCUCAGUCAUCAUUGGAUUCAGAGACUCGUCGGCAGGAGCAGUUCAUACAGUCUCUCGCGGAAGAAACAACGGAACUAUGGACUUGGAUUGAAGAACAAAAAGUAGUGGCUUCUUGUCAUACAGCUAAAUUGAAGGAGAUCAGUUCGCAAAUGGAGGAACAACGAGCGAUGGCUGCUACUCAUACAGCUCCGCUGAAUGAGAUCGGAGCUCAGCUGAAAUCCUUAGCUGCUGUAAUUGAUAAGAACAAUUUUGUAAGAUCGUAG